GGGUGAGUUGAGUGUAUGUAAUUUGCUCGGAUUGUAAUUUCAGCAACACAAUAUGCCUGUCUGAUUGGUCAUGGUUAUGGCUGUGCAUGCGUUAAGCUGGCGAACCAACUUCGGCGGAUGAUCUCGGGGGCUUUUCUCAACAAGCAAGGCCCAUAUGACAAGCAUACUGCAGCACAGCCUCGACUAGGCCUCCUUCUCUUUCUCUCUUCUCGAAGGAAGAUGGAAAUUCCAAACCUCACACGUGAGGUGAUGUGCUGAGAUCUGCUGUAGCCCAACGGCACCCAACUCGGCACCCAAUACCCAACAGCCGCUUUUUGAGGCCUGCCCUGGCAUGUUAGGACGGAAUCGAAUACGUGGUUCUUAAUUCUGACCUGUAGUUGGUCAAUAUUGGCGUGAUAUGGCCCCAAUCUGGUCAUGAUGUUGCAAAAUGCGCGUGAGCUUUGGGCGAGCGCUCAUCUGCAUGAACUGCCGACUUUUAUCGACAUGACAAUCCCGAAGCCCGCAACCCUUUAAGACUUUUGAGUGCCCUCUCAACCUCAGAAUUGAUCAACGCUUCGUCUUCAGCUGUGUCGCCAGCUGUGUUAUACUAUGCAAACAACGUCAGCAACAUACCGUCGCAAACCCAUCAUGACGGACGAUUUUUACAAUUCGUGGGUGGAACCUAGCAAAUACCCACGAAUACCCAACGUCUACGAACCAAUUCAAGAUACCCAAGUUUCCGGUCAAUGUGGCAUUCGAGAGAAGAAAGAGUCUGCCUGGGCUGACCAGGAUUCUCGGGAUAGCCAUCAAUCGUCUUGGGCAACCAACCGCAAACCUUUCAGCGGCGAGGAACCACAUCAGUGGCUCAUCAACGACAGGACGAAUUGUUCUGUGGUUGUGCAACUAGGGAGCAGCUACAGGAGCGAGAACCAUAUCCUAGGGGAUAACUUCAAAGACGCAUCGAGAGACUGGCACUUGCCGUCUCAUCACCCAGAUUCAAUUGAGAAGAGACGCGCAAGGCGGGAAGCGAGCUUUGAGAAGUGGAAAGAUGCUGGGGAUAGGGUCUUUUGUCACUCGGGGAGGUUUGGUCAUGAUUUGAACCACUUGAAGGCUUGAACUACCUUGGAGAGGACUGGCUGACAACCUAUUAUGACGACUUUGCGGUUUAGUGGAUUCUUUAAUGUUGAUGCGAACGCAGAUGGUUUGGUAUACUGGUCGUGUCUCACAUUGGCCGAGUUUAGUGGUCGAAUUCUGAAUCGCUUUACCAAGCUGCAAAGCUCAUGCGUUGCAGGGACCUCGUUUCUAAGAAUACCACAAAGCUGCCUUUGCAAUGAUGGACAUGUCUAACGUGUCUGGAACAGCUGUCUGGCCAGUGCUGGGGUAUUUCUACCUUGACCAUCAUGAAUAUUGUAUCAUCUUGGCCAUCGGGACAAUCGUGGAUUCAAUGCGGGUUCCCCCAACAAUCACAGCGACGUACCAGGGAGCUUUGGUAGCAAACGUAUCUGCGCGCCCAAACUCGAGGGUGCAGACAUGGGUUACAAGCUGUUGCUGGUGCUCGAUUCGAUUGGCGAUGAAGGUGGUGCACUGAAACACGAUUUGAUACGUGCCGUGAGACUUGCAUUAGAAUAAAGCAGAUGCAGGAGAGUGAUACUACCUCCCUCCUCCUACUGUAUGGGCCAACAAAACAAAAGCAAAGCUGGGUGAACAGUUCUUGUUUGAAUAAGAGGGGACACGACGACUGAUAUCAUAGAAUACUACUAGCAGGGUAGCUGUUAAUGGAAGGAUUAGUCCUCAUCGGGUGAUCGAUACCUAGUACCUUAUGCGGGUACUUGAAAGCAGGAAACAUGUGGUUUGCUCCGUGCCUGUCGGUGGGAAGAAUCUCGAUGAGCAAGGGGUAACUGUAACCCGAAAUAAUGCAAGGUUGACUUACCAC